AUGGCGGACCUCAACCUCCAAGAGAUCCACGACACCCUCCUCGACAUCGCGAGCGAGGCCGGCAAGAUGAUCAUGGCCGCGAACCCGUCGUCGAUUGACCAGGGCACCAAGCUCAACUCCGUCGACAUUGUCACAGAGACCGACCAGGCCGUCGAGAAAAUGGUCUCGACUCGCCUAAAGUCGGCCUACCCCGACAUCUCCUUCAUGGGCGAGGAGACGUACACAAAGGGCACCCGUCUUGGCCCGGAGCCGACCUUCGUCGUCGACCCCAUCGACGGCACCACCAACUUCGUCCACUCCUUCCCCGAAGCCUGCAUCUCCCUCGGCCUGUCCGUCGGCUGCGUCCCCGUCGUCGGCGUCAUCUACAAUCCCUUCCAGGACCUCCUGUUCACGGGCAUCAAGGGCAAGGGCAGCUACAUGCGCCGCGCGGGCGGGGCGCCGCAGCGCCUGCCCCUGGCCCGGAGCCCGAUCCCGCUCAAGGGGCUUGACGGCGCGCUGCUGGCCUGCGAGUGGGGCUCCACGCGUGACGGGCCCAACUUCGAGCUCAAGACCGAGACGUUCAAGCGGCUGGCCGCGACCAAGGAGUCGGGCGGCGCCAUGGUGCACUCGAUGCGCUCCCUGGGGUCCGCGGCGCUCAACCUCGCGGCCGUCGCUGCGGGGCAGCUGGACGCCUACUGGGAGGGCGGCUGUUGGGCCUGGGACGUGUGCGCGGGCUGGUGCAUCCUUACCGAGGCCGGCGGGCUCAUGGCCGGCGGGAACCCAGGCGUCUGGGAGCCGGCCGUGGAUGAGAGGGUGUACCUCGCCGUGCGGGGGGCGCCGUCUGGUCAGAGGGAGAUCGUCGAGGAGUUCUGGAAGGUACUGGACGGGAAGAAGCUCGACUACCCCGUCUAG